UUUUCAUUGAGAUAUUUUACGCUCUUUAAUGGUAAAAAUGACCGAGAAUUACAAAUUACGCUGUGCACUCCGCCACGAUGAUGAUGAAGUUCGCGGAAUAGCCAUCUGCGGCAACACCGGCAAAAUAGUCACAUCUUCUGACAAAUCGAUUCGUCUUUGGACAGUUCAGGGCGAACACCUGUGGAAACACACUUACCCAAGCCCCGUCCAAUGUAUAUCAUGGAUUCCAUCGAACCCUACUUUGCAAAGCGGUGGUGUUUCUGUUUGUAUGAAAAAUGUUGUGUUGGUUUGGGACUUGGAUAGUCGUAAGAUGGUGAAGAGUCUUGUAGGUCAUGAAUCGCAGGUUACUGGUAUUGUGGUUGAUGGGGAUGAUCUUGUUUCUUCUUCUAUUGAUGGUACUUUGAAGAGGUGGAGGAAUUGGGAAUGCAUGGAGACAUGGGCGGCUCACGAGGGUCCAAUUCAAGCAGUUGUAAAGCUACCCACAGGAGAGCUUGUUACAGGUUCAAGUCGCAUUUUAGAAUCAAGGGACUCUAUUUUAAAGAUGUGGAAGGGCAAAAUUUGUUUACAUACUUUUCAUGGACAUACAGAUACUGUUUGUGGCUUGGCUGCGAUGUCUGAUCGUGGAAUCCUAUCUGCAUCCCAUGAUGGUUCUCUCAGAUUUUGGGCAUUAAAUGGUCAGGAAACGAAGAACAUGUAUGGCCAUACUGCAACUGUUUGUUCAGUUGAUUCACUUGCAUCAGGACUUAUUGUCAGUGGUAGCGAAGAUCGUUCGGCAAAAAUAUGGAAAGGUUUUAGUUGUGUUCAGAGCUUAGAGCAUCCUCGUUGUGUUCGGGAUACAAAAUUUAUGGAAAACGGGGAUAUUGUUACAGCAUGUUCCGAUGGAUUAGUACGCAUUUGGACUGUAGAUACGAAUAUGGGAGAUACGCCAGAUCUAUUGGUUCAACGAUUUAACGCUACGAUUAAAGAAAAAGAAAAAGUUGCUGAGAAGCCAAAAGUAGAGUGCGUAGUGAAUACCGACCCGAUGCGUUUUCGUCCGUCGAGGAAUAUGGUAGAUACGACAAAUCUAUUGGUUCAACGAUUUAACGCUACGAUUAAAGAAAAAGAAAAAGUUGCUGAGAAGCCAAAAGUAGAGUGCGUAGUGAAUACCGACCCGAUGCGUUUUCGUCCGUCGAGGAAUAUGGUAGAUACGACAAAUCUAUUGGUUCAACGAUUUAACGCUACGAUUAAAGAAAAAGAAAUUCGUCCGUCGAGGAAUAUGGUAGAUACGACAGAUCUAUUGGUUCAACGAUUUGACGCUACGAUUGAAGAAAUAGAAAAAGUUGCUGAGAAGCGAAAAGUAGAGUGCGUAGUGAAUACCGACCCGAUGCGUUUUCGUCCGUCGAGGAAUAUGGUAGAUACGACAGAUCUAUUGGUUCAACGAUUUAACGCUACGAUUAAAGAAAAAGAAAAAGUUGCUGAGAAGCCAAAAGUAGAGUGCGUAGUGAAUACUGACCCGAUGCGUUUGGUUGCUGUGGAUAUUGGAGGUGGUAGGACGUUGCAAUACAACCGAUCAGUUAAUGUAUACGCAGCUGCUGGACGAUGGUUAAUAGAGAAUUCUGAACCUUUUCAACAUCUUUUGACUAUCAAAGAUACCAUACUUGAAGCAACUGGUCAAAAGGAUAAUAUUUUUGUUGCUCCAAUUAGCCAUAAAACCAGCUAUAUCCCUCCACAUUUCAAAUAUCUUCCUGAGCGAAAGACAAAUUUUGAUAAUUCAAUUGACUAUGCAGCGAACCGUGCAAAUAUUGUCGAUCACAAGGAAAAACUUUUGACGGAUUCGGAAAUUACAACAAUGAAAAGCAUUUAUGGUAGACUCGAAAGUCCAUAUGAUAAUGACCCUGUUUUUCAAGCAUCUGAUAUAGAUUUGUUACUGGGAAUGCUAUCUUCAUGGCCACCCUCAAGGAUAUCUCAUGUCAUUGAUAUUACAAGGAUGACAGUUCUUUAUCAUAGCGGGGCUAAUCUACUUAUGGGAAAAAUUUAUCCCUGCAAGUGUCCAGACAAUGAUGUUUUAAUGAAAGUGAUUAAGAGCAAUUCUCAAACUAAGGAAAAUCUGUUGGCAAAUAUCCGAGCUGUCACCAAUCUCUUUAGAAGUUCAUGGUGCUUCGGCUGGUUACAGGCCCAUCGCAUUGAGAUUCUUUCUUCCUUCUCAAGUUGGCAUUUGCUUGGAGUGCAUGAUGCCUACUCUGUAUUGAUACUCAAUUAUGCAGUGCUAUUGAUUCCAUCAUCUCCGAGUCAUGAUGGUCUAUAUCAUAUUCUAUUCGCAGCACUUGAGAUAUUACGAAAGAAUGUGUCAUUUGAUUCCAAAUUUAAUGCUUUACGUGCUGUUGGAUCUAUGUUGCUGCUGAAGAAGGGUCUUUUGGAAAAUAUAGGACGGGACUUUGUUUGGAGCAUUAUUUUGAAAGCAUCAGAGGGGUGUUCUGACAGCGAGUUUCAUAAGCUUCAAUCCGAAAUCAAGGAAGUACUAGGGAUCUGAAUCCAAAAUUCUUUUGGGUUAUUCAGACUCGUGUUAUUGAGUACUCACUGUUAUAUCUGAAUACAUUAUGAUCUUCAGAUUCUUAUCCCAAAAGACUACAACAAUACUAGCAAGCACCAACAAGCUAAUGUGACAACACAACCCAACCCUCUGUCAAGAAUAACUGCAGCCACCCCAAUUUACUUACCUUCAUCGUUAGAGGUAUUCACAAAUUUUGGUUUAGGUGUCGUCCAUCGAAUUGUAGCAUCCGACAUUGUAAUGGGAUGCAAUGUUGACUGAAUUAGCAGUUGAACAGAUGAAUUACAACCUCUAAUAGACCUCUGUUCCAAAUAUACACUUGCGCUAGUUAAGUCACACAGUGUGACUUAACUAGCGCACCUUAUAAUAUCUGUGAGUUAACUCACGUACCUUGGUUGGUGGUCAGAGCUGAAAAACAAACAUUUUUUGGUCUUUGAUCAGGUUUUCAACAUUCAUUCCACAUGUUUUUUUACCAAAUUUUACACGUUUUUUGACCACAUUAAUGGUGUUUACAACUCAUACUACCAUUCCCACCUAUAAAUACCCCUCUAUACUUCCAUAAUUCCUCACACCAUCUCACUUUCUGCCCCUCCCCACUCUCUCCCUCUAUUUCUCUUUUUUUUUCUUUUCAAUAUUCUCUUUGAGGGCAAAAGUGAUCAAUCUUCUUCGGGGUAAAAUAGUGAGUAACCGACUUGGGGAAGUGAUCGACCCUUGGGAUAAGUUUAAAUAUGCUUUUUUAAACCCCAGAAACUUUUUACCGUGGGUAAAAAGAAUCUUCUUGAGGUAAAAAAAAACCAGAUUUAAAUUUAGCCCAAGGGUUGAUGAUGUAUUUUUCCCAAGAAGGUUGCUCACUAUUUUACCCCAUGAAGAUUUUUCACUUUUGCUCCAAGAGGGAGAAAAUAAGUAGAAUAAAUUAGUGAAUUGGAAUAAAUUAUUGUAUCAAUUAUUGUAUUGUAUGAAUUCUAUUAAUAAAAUGAGAUAUUGUUAUAUGCAUCAA